GAGAGAGAGAGAGAGAGAGAGAGAGAGAGAGAGAGAGAGAGAGAGAGAGAGAGAGAGAGAGAGAGAGAUCCAUGCCCAUCUCCCGGGUGUUUAAAAAACUAACUCAGGACAAUAGCAGCGAAUGAGCGCUUAAUUAAAUUAAUUAGUCCUUCUUGUCAAUCUCGGAUUAAUGGCCAAUAGCGACCGUGCUGCUUAAUGUUUUUACCCCUCUUCUCUCUCUCUCCUAUAUCAGUGAAGGGGAAGGGGGGCUCAUCCCGGCAUCCUGAGGGGAGGUAAUUUGCACGGAUCAAGGGGGCAAGGCGCCGCAAAGUAUAAAUACUGUGACUUCAAUAGAGGAUCACCAGCAGGUUCCCAACUCCGCUACCAAAGGAGGAGGAAUUGGCUGGGAAGAUAUAUCUUUAUAUAUUUUUUACCUUCUUCCAGAGUUGGCAGCACCACCUCGCAUCAUUUUUAGGGGUCGACUUUAAAACGAGCAACACCAUUGAUGUCUUAAGCUGUCGUGGAGCAGGAAGAGAGUGUGAGAGUGAGUGUGUGUGAUUUUUUUUUUUCCCUUUCCCCCUUUUUUUUUUUUUAGUGGAGAAAGCAGUGAUGGAAGAGCUCACCGCUUUCGUAUCCAAGUCUUUCGAUCAGAAAGUGAAGGAGAAGAAGGAGGUGAUAACCUACAGGGAGGUGUUGGAGACCGGGUCGACGCGAGCAGGGAGCAGGGAGCCUCUAUCCUCGGAGCCGGGGAACCGUGAGGAAGUGGCCGCUGUUGGCCGGAACGUUGCGCUCUCGCCGGGCAGGGAAGCGGACAUGCUCGGCCCGGAAAGAAUCAGGGACGCCGGGAGCCCCAAACUCAUUGACGGCAACACGGAUGUGAAAGAAAGGAAAGAGGACUCAAAGCCUUUGGAAGACGAGGCACAGACUAAAAUUAAACAGAGGAGAAGUCGGACUAACUUCACAUUAGAGCAGCUCAACGAGCUGGAGCGGCUCUUUGACGAGACCCACUACCCGGACGCCUUCAUGCGCGAGGAGCUGAGCCAGCGACUGGGGCUGUCCGAGGCCCGCGUGCAGGUUUGGUUCCAGAACAGAAGAGCCAAAUGCAGAAAGCAGGAAAACCAGUUACAUAAAGGAGUUCUCAUUGGAGCAGCGAAUCAGUUUGAAGCUUGUCGUGUAGCGCCAUAUGUCAACGUGGGGGCUUUACGGAUGCCAUUCCAACAGGAUAGUCAUUGCAACGUGCCGCCCUUCUCCUUUCAGGUGCAGGCGCAACUGCAGCUGGACAGCGCCGUGGCCCACGCGCACCACCACCUGCACUCUCACCUGGCAGCGCACGCGCCCUACAUGAUGUUCCCAGCGCCGCCGUUCGGGUUGCCCCUGGCGACGCUCGCGGCCGAAUCCGCCUCCGCCGCCUCUGUAGUGGCCGCCGCCGCCGCCGCCAAGAAUACCAACAAGAACUCGAGCAUCGCCGACCUGAGACUGAAGGCCAAAAAACACACGGCCGCCCUGGGACUGUGACGCGAGGAGGACACAGGCAAACAUGUUAUCGCGAUAUCGACUGAGAGUCAUCGAACUGAGCACGAAAGGCAAAGCUUACCAAGUUAAAGAAAAAAAAAAAUCCAAGGACAAAGUGAGAGAAAAAAAUCCAAGGACGAUAUUUAUGUUUUCUUUCUUUUUUCUAAAUGAAGGACGACGUGUAUAACUAUAAAAUAUAGGCUAUUUAUGAAAUAAAGAAAAGACAAACAACAAAAAGACUGUGACAUGAUAUAGGCUACACCAGUGAUUUUUGGACGCCAAAUGAGAAAGGGACGAGCGGGAAUGGAAAGCAAGGCUAUACACAGUUUCAAUACACACUGUCCCGCUGCGCCAUGCUCUCUGCAGCCACACGGCCGGGCGGGACGGCGGGACACUCUGGAGGGACACGGAUGCAGCUGUGACGGUCGAUACUUUGUCAAACAAGGCGAACCAUUCUGCAGUUGUUUUCUUUUGUUUUAAUAUUAUAUUGUUAUUAUUGUUGUUAUUAUUUCAUUUUGAACCUAUAUAGAGGCUGGCCUCGUUAUAUUUCAAAAAACAUUUUCUCUGUAACGGAAAAUGCGGGAAUUCUUUGACACAAUAGAGACAAGCAGACAAGUUUUUCCCCCUUCCUCUGUUUCUUGUCCAAAUUAAAAAUGCCUCAGCAGUGUUUGCAUGAGUUUGUGUCUUCACGGAUGACGUGGCGUGAGCUCUCUCUCUCUCUCUCUCUCUCUCUCUCUCUCUCUCUCUCUCUCUCUCUCUCUCUCUCUCUCCCUGUCGCUGAGGAAGGGCAUCUCUCACUUGAAAGGCCUAUUUGACCUUGUUUGGACCUCCUUUGGUGUAGACGAAACUAGACGACAUAGCAGAAAUGUGAGAUUAUAAUAUAUGUGUAUGCUGAACUUGAGUUGUUUUGUCAGGAUAACCCGACUUAGUGUCCAUAUUUGGCAGGUGGUGAUUUGUCCUUCUUAAAGGAGAGCAUGAGGCCCUAUAUGCCAUUUUUAAAAUGGUGAACAAACGAAUAGGCCCACUGGCCAAUACCACGAGGACUUUAGGCUAUUUGCGAAACGGUACGGGCACGUGUAAGAUAUGUUAAUACACAAGAAACAUGCAUUAUUUUUUAUUAUUUAGUGGCUUUAUGAAUGACUUGUGGGGAAUAUUUUUUAUUUUGUAAUUUACUUUAUUUCCGUGUAUUAAAAAAAUCAUGUGCUUUCUGUAUGUAAUUUUGAUGUUUUUAUAAAGUGAAAGUGAACGUACCUGAGGCACGGGUUUCUAAAAAAAAAAAGAAAAAAAAAGAGUAUCACAGAAAUUGUUUUACCUUUUUCCAUCACUCAUGUGAAACGUGAAUCCACCUUAACAAAAUGUUUUUCGUUCCUACAAUAAACCAACAGAAGUUUCUUUUA